AUGAGCAGUAGCAUCCGACCAGCAAAUAGGAUUAUAGCAUCGUCGGCACAGCUGCGCAAGUUUGUCUAUCUCUCCCACUAUAUCCAUGUCCUGGCACAUCUAUGCAUCGAACGAAUGAUCCAGCGAUGUCUUGAGGGUCCAUUAGGCCAACGACAGUAUCCCCCAGGCUUUGGGCUUCCCACAUGGACAGAAGAGCAAAGGACUGUUCUUGCAUUUUGGCGCCUACUAUUCUGGAAUCAACUCAAGAUUGAAGGUGCAAAGGGGUCACUGGGAUGGUCCAUAGAUCAGCUAGAACGACUGGCCCGGAGCGAUCUCCAUGAUCAUUAUCAUUACAAUGCUCCGCUCUUACAGGGGUUUGCAGCUUUGGGUCUCAUUGCUGAGAUCUCACCGGUUGAAAGGUCCUUUGACCUCUCCGAGAGUCCGGCUCGAGAUUCCUUUUCACUGCCGAGCAUGCCCAGUGAGUUUGAUUGGGUAGAGUUUGACUGGGUCUGCGAGCCUCCUCCUUCAUCAAAAGCUAUUACCCAGGGUCGGACGUUUGAAGACUGUGACCAUGAUUUAGCUGUCAUGUUCCCCCUAAAACAAUCAGGGCACCCUCAGCAAAGAGGGGACGAUGAGUCUAGCCCAGAGGCAGCCCAAGACCCUAGCCAUGAUCUCAGGGCGGGAUCAAGUCCUGAACACAGUCUUGACCACAGCCGCGAGUCUCCGUCUCAGUCUCGUCCGGACUUGACAGGUGAAGCCAUACAGCCACCUAGGCGACCAGCUCGAUUUUUCUACGGAACAGACUCCGAGGACGUAUCGUCUGACGACAAUGAAUGGAGCACCGCUGAGGACUUCCAGGAAGACACAGAAGACGAAGAAUCAAGCUCAGACUCGGGCUCUGACACAAGCUGGGAUGGCCCUAGAAGAGGCGUAAAUAUCUGCAUAUAUAGAGACCCCACCCUGUCUCCUCCAGAUGAAUUUUAUAACCGGGGCCGGCCGCUCCCCUAUGCGCCUCGACCGGUUCGUGAUUAUGGGUCCCAGUCCCUGCGGGGUCCGGAGUGGGAAGACCUUGAUCGAGAACCGCUCGGUAUCCAAUUCUGGCGCAGUAUGAGUGGGGAUCCUCCAGCCGGACCGGCCAAGUAUAUGCAGUUCCACCCCUAUGCUCGUUAUGGAUUCGCAUUCUGGGAGGAGCAGCGGAUGAUGCAGCUAGGAUUAUGGUCGCACCAGGCCCUUGACGAUCCAGUCGAGUACUACCGACGAUGGUAUACCUUUCUGAGUCAAGAGGAUAGAAGCAGAACUUACGGUAUAUAG